AUGUCAAAAGUUGGGGAGAAAAAAGUUUUUGCACAUUCUUUUGAUGCAGGUGGCCGCCAAAGUGGAGGUUGCCGACGUGGUUUGAGUGUCGCCCUUCCUGAGCCGCCACUAAGGCUUAAAGAAAACCCUGAUGUUAUUUGGACUCCUGCUUAUUACGGAGACGAGGAAGACUUCAAAGAAGGUGAGAAUGACGGAGAAAAUUGGGUCAUACUCUUUACAAAAGAGAACAGUCAACUCAUAUUGAAGAAAGGUGAAAAGCGCUACCCCAUAAGCGGUCAAUAUGAGGUUAAGAUUGGGGAUGAAAUUAUCAAGGCAAAUCUGCUUUAUAUGCUAAUAAGGAGAGUGAGGAAAAUAACAGGCAGUGGCGGAGAUGAGACCGCUCAGCGCAAAGGCGCUUCGCUUGUCUUCUACAAGGACUUAAAAUAUUUUGCGGGUAGCAGCAAACUCGAAACAUUCACGAGGAAGAAUAACGAUGAAUUAAUUGCAAAGGGGGAAUUUGGUGAAGUAUGGCUAGCAAACCAUUAUAAAGAGGUGAGUUGUCAUUCAGCUCUAAGUUAUGACAUCCUUAUUAACAUUUGUGGCUCUAGCACUAAUCUGACUAAAAGUGUAUUGAUGUCAACUCAUUUUAUGCUGAAAUGGGCUCAGAAUUGUGCUUGCGACUGGUGA